AUGGCGGCAGAAGAGUCGUCAUCAACGAGGAACGCGGUUGAAGAGGUUCAUGGGCAACUUUUCGAAGUCGGCCCACGAUACCACACACUCACCUAUAUCGGAGAGGGAGCUUAUGGAAUGGUUGUCUCCGCAAUGGACUCGAUUACUCGAGAGCGCGUGGCUAUCAAGAAAAUCUCUCCAUUUGAGCAUCAGACUUUCUGUCAACGAACCCUACGCGAGAUCAAAAUCCUUACACGAUUCAAGCAUGAAAAUAUUAUCAACAUUCAAGAGAUCAUUCGAGCGCCAAGUGUUGAUCAAAUGAAAGACAUUUACAUCGUGCAAUGCUUAAUGGAAACCGAUUUGUACAAGUUGUUGAAGACGCAAAAGCUCAGCAACGAUCACAUCUGCUAUUUUCUCUAUCAGAUUUUGAGAGGCUUAAAAUACAUUCAUUCGGCAAACGUGUUGCACAGAGAUUUAAAACCAUCAAAUCUUUUACUCAACACGACAUGUGAUUUGAAAAUCUGUGAUUUUGGAUUGGCAAGGGUUACCGAUCCGAGACAAGAUCACACUGGUUUUCUCACUGAAUACGUAGCUACCAGAUGGUAUCGAGCACCUGAAAUUAUGUUGAAUUCAAAAGGAUACACGAAAUCGAUUGAUGUUUGGAGUGUCGGGUGUAUUCUUGCAGAGAUGCUCAACAAUCGACCACUCUUCCCCGGAAAGCACUACCUCGAUCAAUUGAAUCUGAUUCUCGCCGUUGUCGGCUCUCCAUCACAAGAAGAUCUUCAAUGUAUUUUCAAUGAGAAAGCCCGUUCCUAUCUCAUUUCACUUCCCCAUAAACCAAAGCAACCUUGGCAGAGGUUGUAUCCAAAUGCUGACCCACGAGCACUUGAUCUCCUUGAAAAGAUGUUGACCUUCAAUCCGAAUAAGCGAAUUGACAUCGAGCAAGCGCUCGCUCAUCCAUAUCUCGAGCAAUACUAUGAUCCAAAUGAUGAGCCGGUUUGCGAAGAGCCGUUCACUUUCGAAAUGGAGCUUGACGAUUUGCCGAAAGAAGAUCUUAAAAGGCUUAUCUUUGAGGAAACAGAACUACACCAUCGUCGAAUGGCUGAAGAGGCGGCCGCUGCCAUGGCACCGCAGCCAAUGGAA